UGCCCCUGUCAAUCUAAUAAUUUAAAACCAACGGCAGAAGGCAAGCGGAAAUCAAUCAAAAUUCCGUUGGUUGACCUGACGGCGACGACUGUUCACUCGCAGCUCGUUCGCCGGAGCUCCGAAGAAAACCUCAUCGAUCGCCGCCUCCCCCGAUCGCCGCGACCGAUUCGGUUGCCGUUGCUUACUUUGGGUUACAAUGUGCCAUCAAAGUUCUUGUGAACAUUUUUCUGAUGAAGAUGCAACUGCAGCAGAAGAGAAUCUCCUGGUGUAUUGCAAGCCUGUUGAGCUAUACAACAUUCUACACCGCCGUGCCAUACAUAAUCCUUCUUUCCUCCGGAGAUGUUUGCGUUUCAAAAUACAAGCAAGGCGUAAGCGUAAUAAGAGGUUGAGGGCUGGAAUAGUCAUUUUCAACUAUAGGGACCGCAACAACGUGCAUCAAAAGAUUGAAGUAACUGAAGAUUUCUCUUGCCCAUUUUGCUUAAUGCAAUGUGCAAGCUUUAAGGGUCUAAGGUUGCAUUUAUGCUCAUCGCAUGACUUGUUCAACUUCGAGUUUUGGGUUUAUGAAGAGUAUCAGGCAGUGAACGUGUCUGUUAAAGUUGAUAUGCUGAGAUCCGAGGUUCGGACUGAAGAAACAGACCCUAAAUUGUGGACAUUCUUCUUCUGCUCAAAACCACGAAGGCGUCAGCCAAAAUAUUCUGCUCAAAAUAGGAAGCAUGUCCAAGUUGAGUUCUUGGAAUUUGAUCCAUCCCAAUUGGCCAGUGAGGGGUUGCAGAAAGGACUUCAGGAAGUUGAAAAUGCUAUGCAGAAUGGAGUGCAUGAAGCAGAAAAUUCCUAUCCUGACGAUCCUAAUACAGCUGAGUGUUUAGAGCAUGUUGCAUCCAGUUUCAAUGUUUCAGGGACUCCAACUUCAAUGGCUCAAUCUUCUAUAGACCAUGAAUGCAUAAAAUCAUCAGCUGGAAGUGAUCCGGCUAUUCUUCAAAUGUCAAAAACAAAAAAAAUUGUUGUGGAACGUUCAGAAUCUAGAAACCGUGGGCAAUUGCUGAGACGCCAGUUCUAUCACUCUCACAGAGUUCAGCCUAUGGCAGUGGAUCAAGUGUUAUCAGAGCGGGACAGUGAGGAUGAAGUAGAUGAUGACAUUGCAGAUUUUGAGGAUCGAAGGAUGCUGGAUGAUUUUGUGGAUGUCACCAAGGAUGAAAAAGAUCUCAUGCAUCUCUGGAACUCGUUUGUCAGAAAACAGAGGGUUCUGGCAGAUGGUCAUGUACCGUGGGCAUGCGAAGCGUUCUCAAAACAUAACAGCAAGAAGCUUGUCGAAACUCCACCUCUCUUUUGGUGCUGGAGAUUAUUUAUGAUCAAACUGUGGAAUCAUGGCCUUCUUGACGCAUCCACAAUGAACAACUGUAAUGUGAUCCUCGAGCGCUAUCGGAAUGGAGGACCCGAUGUAAAGCGAAAGACUGAUCCUGCGAAUUAACUUAGCAUUCAACAGUUGACUAGAGGGUCCAGACCAGCGACUUCAUUCUUAUCCUUCUAUUCUUGUCUCGUCGACUUUGGCUCUCUCUUUCUUGAGCGAUUUCAUUUGUUUCUUUGGCUUUCUUCCUCCUCGGAAAGAAUCACGAGUCGAUGCUCCUCUUGUUUUGUCGCUGUCACACUGCGGCUGGCCAUGGGAAGCACAAGCGACGGGGCUCCAUUGGCGAUGAUUUUGCUGCUCUUUGUCGCUGCACAGGUGACGUUGCUGCUCUGUUGCUUGUUGUUUCCUAUGUCGCUUACCGUAGUUCCCCACGACCCGCUGCCACCUAAUGAUUUUACCCUGUUUCUAGCCGAGAGGGUCCGAAGAUUUCAAGAUCUCGGAAGCACGUAAAUCAUAUUUGAAUUCGAGUAGCUUCUUGAUCAUAUUUGAUGAUGUUUCUGCCUCAUUGCUGAUUUUAGACUGAACCAUUGAGAUUGCAUAGACUAGAUUGCAGUGCACGCGCAUUGUUUGAUUUUCAAGCCGCCAUUUUUCA